AUGCUCGCCAAGUCUCUCGCUGUUGCGCUGUUCGUCAGUGUUGUUGCCGCUCAGAGCUCCAACGAUACCAUCAACCCCAGCUCCAUUACUCUGACCCUCAGAAAUCAAUGGUGCCAAGGACAACAAAACACUUGUGGUACUCUCUGCAGUGGUGACCCAGGCACGAACAAUUGUGACCCGGAUACCCUCACCUACAACUGUACCUGCGCUGCCAACAACUCCGCACCCGGUCUCCAGUACUAUACCCAAACAAUCCCUACCUUCGAGUGCGAGCAGAUCUUCCAAAACUGCAUCAAUUCCAACGUUGGUGACGCCGCUGCUCAAGCUCUUUGCAACACAAAUGAGAAGGCAAACUGCGGUCACCUCGAUCCAGACAACUUCACCGAGACCGCCGCAACCACGAGCUCUGCUAGCAUGACCGCAACUUCCACCUCUUCCAGCGGAGCCGCCACCGGAUCUUCCACCGGGACUUCUUCUUCCAAGGCUGGUGCUGCAACUUUGGCUGCUAUGCGCAAUCUGGGCACUGGAGCCUUUGCCGUUGGUGUCGGUGCUGCUUUUGGCUACAUGCUUUAA